AUGAAAGAGACUUUGACUUUCCUAACAGAGCUUCAUAAAGACGAUGCUACUUUAGUUAGUAUGGACUGCUUGAAAAAAUUUAAAUACAGUUACAGACAAGAAAUUGUCAAAGCUAAGAUUAAAGCCAACGAUGACUACAUUAAUAAAUUCAACAACAGACAACAUGCUGCUUGGAGUAUCAUAAAGAAUGUUAAACCGAACACACACAACCAGGACUCCUCAACAUCUCUCACAGUACAUCAAUUCAACGACUUUUUUACCCAUAUCUCACAAACACUUUUAAAUAAAAUUACCCCAUCCGCUGUUUCUCCAUCGCAUUAUAUGAAUCAUCCUACUCAUAGUUCACACUUUCGAUUCAGGGAAGUUACAUAUCAUGAUAUGAGAACUGCCAUAAAUAAACUAAAAAACUCAAAGAGUACUGACCCAUAUGGCUUUACUGUCAAGAUUGUCAAAACCUUGCAAAAUCUCAUCAUAUAUCCUCUAACCAAGUUAUUCAAUCAGUGUAUAGGAAGUAAUACUUUUCCGGAUUUUUUCAAACCAUCUAAAAUUAUACCCAUUUUCAAACAACACAUACUGAAGAUUUAUGCAACUACAGGCCCAUUUCCUUAA